AUGAUCACUGGACUAUCCAACUUUGCUACGGUGCCAGCACUCUAUGUGGUGAAGAAAUAGAAUAUGAUAUACUAAUUUUACAUAGGGAUUUUCACACUAUUAACAAGCUUCAUGUACCAUACACUUGAGAGUUUCGAUUGUUCUUACUUCAUCAUAGAAGAAGGAGGAUGGCAUAGAUUGGAUAACAUAGGAUCCAUCACUUGUUUUUAAAUGUUGUUUACGUAGCUUAGUGACUUUUAGAAUCUUGAAUUUGAAACUAUCCUCAAUUACUUUGGUCUUUUAGUGACUAUGAUUUGUUAAGCCAAAUCACCAUGGGAUUUGAAUUAUACAAUAGGUCCGAUUCUUCUAUAAGCUCUAAUUUGCUUAUUGGUCAUUCUCAAAAGAAAGCGUUUACCAAAAUUAAUUAAAGCAAAAGUAAUCAUCAACUGUAAAUGAUGCUAGCUCCAAAAGGGCUUUAUUGUGAGUUUAUUCGCUGCUUUAUUUUUCACAUUAUCAUAGGAUGAAUUCAAAGAUUACCUUAGAUUUUAUCAUGGAAUGUGGCAUGUUUGUGUAGGAGUCUUUUCAUUCUAUAUGUGGCAAACUAAGUGUGACGUAGAAUUUACCUGGUCUAAUUUUUAUAAGAUUCCAUGUUUAAAAGACACAUAUUACAAGAAUGAAUGA